AUGGAGGAUCCUAACUCCUCCGUGGAGGAUCCUAACUCUCCCGUGGAGGAUCCUAACUCUCCCGUGGAGGAUCCUAACUCUCCUGUGGAGGAUCCUAACUCUCCCAUGGAGGAUCCUAACUCUUCCGUGGAGGAUCCUAACUCCUCCGUGGAGGAUCCUAACUCCUCCGUGGAGGAUCCUAACUCCUCCGUGGAGGAUCCUAACUCCUCCGUGGAGGAUCCUAACUCCUCCGUGGAGGAUCCUAACUCCUCCGUGGAGGAUCCUAACUCUCCCGUGGAGGAUCCUAACUCCUCCGUGGAGGAUCCUAACUCCCCCGUGGAGGAUCCUAACUCCUCCGUGGAGGAUCCUAACUCUCCCGUGGAGGAUCCUAACUCUCCCAUGGAGAAUCCUAACUCCUCCGUGGAGGAUCCUAACUCCCCCGUGGAGGAUCCUAACUCCUCCGUGGAGGAUCCUAACUCCUCCGUGGAGGAUCCUAACUCCUCCGUGGAGGAUCCUAACUCCCUGUGGAGGAUCCUAACUCCUUCAUGGAGGAACCUAACUACUCCGUAG